AUGGCACCCGAAAAUGAUUACUAUGCCGAUCUGGGGAUGCCACGCGAUGCCGACAUUGAUGCAAUCAAGAAGCAAUAUCGAAAGCUGGCAUUGAAAUACCAUCCCGAUAGAAAUAAUGGCAACGAGCAGGAAGCUAGUGCCAAGUUUCAGGUCAUCCAACAAGCUCACGAAGUUCUCUCGGAUCCAACAGCAAAAGCAAAGUACGAUGCCACCCUCGGACGAAGCCGAUAUCCUGGUGCUUCGGGAGUCAAGGGAAAUCCUUGGGCCAACGCUGGCCAACAGUUCCCUACGCCCCCACGACGAACGACAGCCGCUAGAAACGCAACAUCUGGAGCACAACGAUGGCAGACGAGGUUCUCAAGUGGCGUGCCACCCACGGCAAAGCAAACCUUUGGAUCUGACCCAGACGCGAAGAAGAACGCUGCCAAAGCAUUCGAGAACAUGAGGAAGAAUGGCCGCGGUGAGCCUCGUCCAACAGAGCCGCCUCCACCACCUCCACGACAGCCACCGCGGACCGAGUCUGCGAGACAACGUCAGGAAGCCUCGUUUGGCUCCAGGAAGUCUGGCUACUAUCCUCGCUCGACGACGCUUGGGGAUGAACCUCCUGUAUCAAAUGCGGGUUAUACCACGUCGGGACGUCGCGAUGUACCACCACCUCCACCACCUCGACCAGGCCCGAAUCCGAUGCCCGAUCCUUUAAGCCAGUUCAGGGAUAAAGGCGCUUCGUCUGAAUCUUACCCGGGUACGCCUUAUGCUUCCAAGGGCGGUGAAAAGACGGAUCCCUUCGCCGGGGUACCGUUGGGUCGCGCAAAGAGCGCGCGUGGAGACAGCCGUGCUAACCAGGAACCAGCUUCAGAUGACAAGCAGCGCAGUUCCAGUGUACCAAGGCGACCGACGCAAGAAGAUGUCGAUGCAAAUCUUCGGGCUCCGAAAGAUGGCGAUCAACAGGCACAGAGUGCAGACGAGAGCGCUGGAACGCAUACUAAUACCUCCUUCAAGUCUCGAGCCGAUGCGAGAUUCACCGCUGAUCACACCCACCAAACCGCCAAACCUCCUUCGGACAGUAACUCGAAUAACAAAGGCGGACCCUCAAUGUAUGAAGCUCCUCUGAGUCAAAAUCUCCGCAAACAGUCUUUAUUUGCUGCGUAUAAUCCAGGGUUUGCAAAGUCUGGAAUUGCAUGGUCUUCUCCAAAACCGAGCCUUGAUAGUUCAGGCACCAUGCAUCGACAAAGGUCUCCGAGUGGAAAAAAGGGUGGUAGUGUCACACUUUUGCCGUUUGAAGUGCAGCAGACCAAAAUCUUGAACAGUCUUAUCAAAAAUAAAGAAGGCGCCCAGUGGCUCAAGGAAGGAACUGGAUAUAUGUUGUCAGCCGGCAACGAUGGAGCGACAAUGGACCAAGAAGAGCUAGCUAACCACGAUGAAUCGAACAGCUUUACCUUCCCCGUGGACGAUGACACAUUUGCCGAAUCCCCCAAGGCGCCGGCUGGGCAAGGCUUCGCGAAGAGUAGCUUGGACGACAUAAAUACUCGCUUUGCCAAUGAUGACGGCCCAAACACGUACCAGUUCAACGCUGGGACGGGGGAAGCAGACGCCAAUGUGGGUAUCAGGUCUUCUCCACGCAGUCGAAGAGCUCGUCGCUCGCCGAUUAAGCGGCCUACCGUCCACCUCCGUGAUAAUGCUAAUACUACCUCUAAUGCUACGCAGGCCGAGAGUGGUUUUAAUCCUGAAGGCUGGAGCGACAAAUUCAAUGCUCAGACAUUCGUUCCCCAACCACAACCCGGGCCGUCAGCUUCGCCGACACGUACCAGUCGUACCAACUCUAGGAGGACGAAGAUAAAACGGACGGCUGGCACAGCAGCAGCAGUUGAAGAGAGCAGUAGCGAAGAAGAGACUUAUGAAUGGCGCGGAAGAAAUCCACAGACACAGAGUCGACCGUCGGGGACUGACAGCCCACAAGCCAUGGAUAUCGACUCUCCAAUAUCCUCUUCCGCUGGUGCGACUGCAACUAGAACUGCAACCGCAACUCAGGCGGCGCGAAAUAUUCCAGUCGAACCAUCUCGACCAGAGUGGCGUGCCGGCAAAGUAGACGGCGGUGUGGCCAAAGACGAAAAACCAGAGCGGCCAGCCAAGAUUCCAUUGGAUGCAAACGCUGUAGGGUCGGAGGACAGUGAAGAAUUUAGGGCAAGCUUUGCAGACAUAAGAAACGUGGCACCGUUCGCUCAGCAAAAGGAUGGGCUGGAGUCGCUCAAUGGAAUGAAGGAUAGUUUGCCGUUUGAGAGCAAAGCGUCCGAUGUGCCGCCUGUCAAGAUGCCUAAAGCUGCGACGGCGCUGGAGUUUCCUGAACCCCCGGUGGCGCCCCGUCUGCCACCAACAGUUGCUAUUGACGGGUUGAAACCAGAUACUGGUUCUUGGGUGAAAUAUGUUUCCGAUUUCGAAAGUUAUUUACGACAAUGGGACUCCUUCAACGGCUUAGUUGUAGAUCAUUUUGCUACGAGGAAGGUGCUGAUUGAGAAUACUAGAGCAGAGAAGGGAUAUGGAUUUCUGGCAGCUCGCGGCGAUGGAGAUUUACAGGAAUAUUUCAGCUGGGUUCAACAGGAUAACGAUGUGCAACGACGAUGGAUGGAUGCCUGCGAGGAUCAUGAGAAACGGAUGCGAGAAUUUAUGGCGUUUAGAGAGAAGAUGAAGGAUGGCCGUGCUUAG